AUGGAAUUAUUUGAUUAUAUGAAGGAAAAUAAGGAAAAUGAUCAACUUUUAAAAGUUCUUCGUGAAAUGAUUUCAGAGAAUGCCAAAAAAGCAAAACAAAAGCCCAUGAAAGCUUGUGUCAAUCAGGGAUUUUGUUUAUUAGGAGGCAUUCACUCUAUAGUUAUUGCCCUUCUUCCAGAACGAGCAUCAAUCAUUCUUCAUGCUCAUUCAUCCAAAGCACUCCUUCAGCAAUCGAAAUACAGUAAUUCCAUGAAUUUCAAUGAUAUUCCAUUUCCUGAACUAUUACUAUAUUCGGUAACGACCAAUGGUUUUGACACUGACACUGUAGGCGCCAUUAGUGGUUACAUGUUGGGUGCAAGAUUUGGUCGUUCUUCUUGGAUGCUCCAUCAAUCAUGUCUCGUCGAUUUUGAACGUAUUGAACAAUAUGGGAAGAAAAUCGCACAACUAUGGAAUUUAAAGAACGAAUUCCAUCAAGAGGUUGUCAUGUCUUCUUCAUCGACGACAUCCAUCAGAAGUAUUAAUAGUAAGAAUAACAACAGUAUCAACAACCUAUUGAACACGAUUGAAAGUUUGGAAGAAUACUUAAAUCAAGAACGUUUACUUUCUGUCUAUUGUUCCAUUCAGAGACAUCAAAUCAUGGAUUUAUAUGUUCCCAUAUAUCGACGAGUGAAUCGAUCAACAGCAUUAUUGAACAAUAGUUUACAACAAGAGAAUACUUUUGAAGAGGAAAUGGUGAUUAGUAGGCGAACGGAUUAUCAUUCCUUGUCGAAUGUUCACUCAUUUCUGUCAAUCGAUCGAACCAUCAAUGAGAAGUAUUAUUGCUUGAAUAUUUGA